AUGCAGGAUAUGUCGGGUCACCAGGCGGGGCCCAGCGCCCCUGCCCGCUUCGGCCAUGCUUCCAAGCCGUCCAACAGCGACACGGGCUUUUCUCACGGCGCUUUCACCUCCAACAUAAGCGGUUUUGCUGACAGGCAUCCUCGGCGCGGGAACAUUCCCACCAUCAACACCCAGCCGAUCCAGCAUCACCAUCAGACGCCCGCCAAUGGUGCCGAUUUGACAACCCCUGGCACCGCCUUUGACAUGCAGUUCACUCCUCUGCUGCCCUCACAGCUGCUGCUCGGCAGUCCGUUCCAGCCUGGUACUCCUGCCGCCUUCGCGAGCCCCCACUUUCAGAGCGUGAGCAGUUUCCAGCAGGCUCAGCAGCAGAACCUCCAGCAGCAGCAGAACGGCCCGUCGAGCCCGGUCCAGGGGAGCCUGUCGCCCCAACUGUAUCAAUCCAUUGUGUCCCCGUCGGCCUACGGGGCGCCCCAGUUCUACGCGCCGCAGUCUCCCACGGGUUCCUUCAACAACGUCGCCGGCCAGAUCCAGGUUCCCAUGCCGCCCACGUCCCCCGUGUCCAUGGGCCCCGGAAUGGUCACUGGCACCAGCCGGACUGUCUACCUGGGCAACAUCCCUCCUGACACGACUGCCGAGGAGAUCCUGGGACAUGUGCGCAGCGGCCAGAUCGAGUCGGUCCGUCUCCUUCCGGACAAGAACUGCGCCUUUAUCUCGUUCCUGGACGCGAGCUCGGCCACGCAUUUCCACUCUGAUGCCAUCUUGAAAAAGCUCUGCAUCAAGGGCCAGGAUAUCAAGAUUGGCUGGGGCAAGCCCUCGCAGGUCCCUACCUCAGUUGCCCUGGCCGUCCAACAGUCGGGCGCAUCGCGGAAUGUGUACCUGGGUAACCUGCCCGAGGACAUCACCGAGGAAGAGCUGCGGGAGGAUCUGGGUAAGUUCGGCGCCAUCGACACGGUCAAGAUUGUGCGCGAGAAGAACAUUGCGUUUGUGCAUUUUCUCUCCAUCGCCAACGCCAUCAAGGCCGUUUCUCAGCUUCCCCAGGAGGCCAAAUGGCAGGCUCCCCGCCGUGUCUACUACGGCAAGGACCGGUGCGCCUAUGUUUCCAAGACGCAGCAGCAAAAUGCUGCCCAGUAUCUCGGAAUUGCCCCUGGCUACGCUCACAUGUUGACCGGUGCGGAUCGUGAUCUCAUAUCGAACGCCCUGGCUCAGCAGUCGGUGGCCGCGGCUGCCGUGGCCACCACGGCCGGCGGUAUCGGCAAUCUGGGCAAUCGGACCAUUUACCUCGGCAACAUCCACCCUGAGACCACCAUCGAGGAGAUUUGCAACGUUGUCCGGGGCGGCUUGCUGCACCACAUUCGCUAUAUCCCUGACAAGCAUAUCUGCUUUGUCACGUUCAUCGAUCCCACAGCUGCUGCCUCGUUCUACGCGCUGAGCAAUCUGCAGGGCCUGAUGAUCCACAACCGUCGGCUGAAGAUUGGCUGGGGUAAGCACUCUGGUGCUCUCCCGCCCGCAAUUGCCCUCGCCGUUAGCGGCGGCGCAUCGCGGAAUGUGUACAUCGGUAAUCUGGACGAGACGUGGAGCGAGGACAGGUUGAGGCAAGAUUUCUCCGAGUAUGGCGAGAUCGAGCUCGUCAACACAUUGCGGGAGAAGAGUUGCGCCUUCGUCAACUUCACCAACAUUGCGAACGCGAUCAAGGCGAUUGAGGCAGUCAGGGGCAAGGAGGAGUACAAGAAAUUCAAGGUGAAUUUCGGCAAGGACCGCUGCGGCAACCCGCCCCGGCAGUUGCAGCAGCAGUCGCCUCGCGGUGACCAGGUCUCCUCGUCAUCGGCCAACGGCGCCAGCCAGAAUGGCAAUCCACCUAGCAACCAGGGCGGCGCCCCUGCUGCGGCCCUCUUCAACACGAACAACAAUCCGCUCACCAUGUACCUGAACCACGUCUCCCAGCAGGCCCAGCAGCAGGCGCAGCAGCAACAGCACGUGUUGGCUGCUCAGCAGGCCGCCCUUUUUGGGACAGCGGCCUCUUCGCCCAACGAGCCCAGCCUGACGCUGGAGGUUCCUCAAGGCCCCACCAUCUCGAGCCACCACCAGCAGUCGGCCAGCAUCUCCAACGGCUUCGUCACCAACCCGGCGACGACGUCUGGCCCGACUACCAUCGGCGGGCUCCUCGCGCCGGGCAACCGCGGCGCCUCGCACAGCCGCGCUGUGAGCCUGCCGGUGUUUGCCCCGUUUGAAAACGGCGGCACGAGCCCCAACAGCCUCCACGGUAGCGUCGGCGGCGGCGAUGGUGGUGAAGCGCGCCGCGGGCACCAGUACCAGGCCAGUUUUGGCGGCAUGGGUGCUGGGUUUGGGCUCGCGAUCCAAGGGAAUCUGAAUGGAUGGGUUGAGGAGGAGGUCGCCAACUGA